UUUUGGACCCUGCAAACAAUUACUCCCACUUUUACAGGUAAAACAACAUAUAUAAAAGAGUUCUUUUUCACUCUGUCGCCGCACCGUGGAUUUUAUUUUUUGCUUCGGCUUUUUUUUUCCCCAGGAAAAAACAACCAUAUUUCAAAUUCAACGGAAGUCGCUCCUCUAGUACGUGAUGACGCAUUCCGAACGCCCCCCUGGUAUCGAAAUGCGGCGUUCCUUUAACGUGCCUACGUCAUGACGCUCUUCGUCACUGCGCUGCGUAUGAUGCUUGUGUGUGUUUUUUUGAGGAACGAAGGAAAACAGGGCUGGUGAAGAAUUUAUUCGGGUUACAAUUUGGUAAGCUAGGACGAUUCUUUACGUUAAAAAUGAAGAGAGCGACGGGUUGCUGAAGGACGCGGGACAGGAUGGCUGGCUGUGGUGAAGUUGACCAUUCUGUGAAUAUGCUUCCUUCAGGCAGGAAGGGGACAGGAGAGGCGUGUCCAGGUGGCUCCUCUCCUGCCCUUUCGGUCCCAGAGUGUGCCAUCUGCUUGCAGACUUGUGUUCAUCCAGUGCGAUUGCCCUGCAGACACAUCUUCUGCUUUCUGUGUGUGAAGGGUGCAUCCUGGCAGAGUAAGAGGUGUGCUCUCUGCAGGCAGGAGGUCCCGGAGGACUUCCUGGAGCGGCCCACCUUGCUGUCCCCAGAAGAGCUGAGGGCAGCAGGGCGUGGCCAUGGGGACUAUGCCUGGUACUAUGAGGGCCGCAAUGGGUGGUGGCAGUAUGAUGAGCGUACCAGCAGGGAGCUGGAGGAUGCCUUCACCAAGGGCAAGAAGAGUACUGAAAUGCUGAUCGCCGGCUUCUUGUAUGUGGCUGACCUGGAGAACAUGGUCCAGUACCGGCGCAACGAACACGGGCGCCGCCGCAGGAUAAAGCGGGACAUUGUUGACAUCCCUAAGAAGGGGGUAGCAGGACUGCGACUGGACACUGACCCUGUGGGAGGGGCGCCCGCCGCGCUGGGCCGGGACAGCUCUGCUGAUGGAGCAGACACUGUGGGACCACAGAGCGGGCCUGUCCAGCCCCCUGCCAGCCCCGCCUCCCCCUCACCUGACAGUAGCUCUCUGGAGAACUCCCUCGCACAGCUCCACAUCACACUCCCAACUAGGCGAGAUCGAAGCAGGAAUGGGGAGAGUGGGCAAGAGGAAGACGAAGAUGAUGUUGGAGAUGCUGCCCCAAACACCUCUGUAGAUGAGUCUGAGUCAGCCAGCAGUGAAGAGGAGUAUGGGCAGGAGGAGGAAGCAGAUGAAGAUGCUGCACCGAGCAGACAGGGUCAUUUAAGGGAGGACCAGGGAGAGUUAUUGUCCCCUGGAGCAGAGUCCUCCAGCAGCAGUGAGAGGUCGAGAAGGCCUGAUGGUCAGUGCACCGUGACUGAAGUGUGAACUCUGACCUCAAUCGUGUCAACCCUUCCCAUACCACGGGAACAUGGUUAUUGCACUGAACAGUCUCACCCACCGCUACUCAAAACACUACUGUUACCUGAAUGAUUAGAUGCUCCCAAGUACAAAACCCAAAUCAAACAGUAAAAAAGACUCAUUAGACCAGAUGUCUGGUGGAGACCAACCAUUUUAUGGGAGCAAGGAAUCUUCUCUGAGCAAAUUUACGUAACAGUUUUAGGGCUGAUUUUUUUUUUUUUUUUUUUUUUUUUUCCCCCCCCUCAGUGUUUUUGUUGUAAUGGACUCAGUUUGUCUGAAAUUGUAUUAUGCGCUUCCCUUCCAUCACUUAAUGCCCAAACUGAACUCUCUGAAUUAGUGUGCUACAUAAGCAAAGCAUGAUCUUUGGGUGUUGAAUCCAUAUUCCAUCUUAAUGUACUAGUAUUUAUCAUAACUUGUGCAUGUGUUGUCGUCAGAAAAGGGUACUGAACACUACUGGCAGGAGAGUCUUUUUUUUUUUUUUUUUUUUUUCCCCCCCCUUCCCCAGUUUUGGAGUCUUAACCUGUAAUUUUGACAUUGUUAAAACUGUUAGGAAUUUUGAGGUUUUUAAGAACAUAUAACAUUACUAACAACAUUUUCAUUUGUUCCUUCCAUUUUUGCUCUGUCUUUCAGAAAAAGAUUUAAAAGUUCUGUACUA